CUUGCGUCAGCGACGAGCCACUCACACUGCGAGUGGUUGAGACACGGAGACAACUGCGACCGGCGAUACCCUCAUCGACCUACACAACUCAUGGCCAUGAUUGGCGUGCGCACGGUCUGAACGUCUUCUUCCUGCCAUUGCCUCGAGUCUCCACCCCGAGCUCCGUCCAUCCCGACUGGCGCGCAACGUCAUCUACCUCCCAGCCAUCCUCGCAUCAUAAGUUCGACCUCACCUGCCAUCCCAUCACCGCCCAAGAUGGAUUACAGCGCAACAAUCCACGACCCCGAAGAUCCCGGCGCCUCUCCCUGGGGAAACUCGCCGGUGUCGUCUCCCACCCGAAAUGCCGCUGCCUUCAACUCCCUCUCAGGCGAGGCAGCUCCCCCCUUUCCCUUCAACUCUCAGUCUUCCAAUGGCCUUUCACAAGACCAGGCCGUAACUGACUCUGAAUCCCUCCCACGCCCGGGAACCGCUACAACGGCAUCUGGAACCGAGGGGGAGACCGAAGAGUCCCAAACGUUAAGCCUUCCCGAGUCCGAAUCGGCCCCCGCGCCUCACACCUCGGCCGUUGAACAGCAACAUCAACAGGGAGCUCCCAUCACUGCUGAGCAAAGCCAGCCUGCCGGAACGGAAGCGCAGCUAGGCCAUGACCAACAGAACCAGAAGCCGCCCCAACCACAGUUCCGACUCCAAGCCAAAAUCACAGGACUCGAACGAACUGGCAAAAAGGACCCUAUCCUCCGGUUUGACGUCCACACUAAUAUUCAACGGUUCCGCACGACGCAAUUCCGAGACGUCCGACGACUACACUCUGAAUUCGUCAAGCUUGCCGAACACCUGAUAUCUGCGAACCCCGAGGCGCUCGUUCCCGCAGUUCCUCCUCCUCUGACAUCUGCCGGAGCUGGCACGGACGAGGACGAGGCCCGGGUCAAGGCCCUAAUGCAGCGAUGGCUCAAUUACGUCUGCGGCAACGAGGUGUUGAUGAGGGACGACGAGAUGGUGCUCUUCGUGGAGAGCGACUUUGGUUACAGCCCUAUGGUCAAGAGAAAGCAGCCGGCUACUGGCGUUCGCCGGAAGAUCCUGAAGCAGUUUGCUCCCCCACCCGAUGAUACCCCUGAGCUUGCGGAGGCGCGACCGGCUGUUAAGUUGUUCUAUCUCGGUACUAUGGACGCUGGCCACAAGGUUGAUAAGUUGGUCAAGGCGCGGAGAGGUCUUGGUCUCAGCGAAGCUGACUAUGGCGCAAGACUUGCAAGCAUGAACGUCCAGGAGCCGCACCCUGGCCUUGCGAAUGCCUACCGAAAGCUUGGAAAGGUCGUCCAGGCUGUGGGCGACUACCACGCCGCUCAGGCGACUGCCGAGGCCACGACGCUCGGCGACCCGUUCCAGCACCAUUCACAGGAUGCAUUUAUCGUCAAGGAGUCUCUUACCAACCGUCAGAUCCUGAUCCGGGAGUUCUUACAGGCCCAGGAGGCGACUCGGAGCAAAUUGAAUGCCGCCGACCGCCUGAAGGCUAGCUCCAGUGUUCGACGGGAGAAGGUCGACGAGGCGAUCUCUGCCCUUGACGAAGCCCGCCAGCACGAGACGUACCUGUUCAACAAGACCAACCGCGUCACCAACAACUUGGUUCAGGAGCGUCGCAAGUGGUUCGCAAGGACCGCAGCCGACCUGCGGAUGAGCAUUCGGGAGUACGUGCACCGUGAGAUUGAGGCAGAGCGGCGCACUCUGUCCCUCCUCGAGACCGUCCGACCCGAUAUCCGAUCGAUUGAUGCCUCGGGCGGUCUGAGCCGUCUUGGCCGAGAAUCGCACCCCACCGUGCGCCGCUCGAGCCUCGCAGCCAGCCAGGGACCCAAAGGCGACGCUUGGAGUGGUGUUCCGCGUCGCUCCGACGCCACCAACCGCAGUGUGUCGAGCAGCUUCAUGAGCAAGGUCUCGGAGGAGGCGGAUGGCGAGGAGAGCCCCGAAGCAACCCAGGGACGGUCGGGUGCGGGCGCGCGUGCAGGCGGCCUAAAGGGCGUGAAUGAGGAGGACGAUGAGGAUCGGGUGGAUGCCAGGAAUGCAGCGAGUCGACUGGCGGCCAGCACCUUCUGAGCUCGUCACAGGUGGUGGGAUGGUGGAUAAGUGGUUGAUGAACACCAAGGGCUUGGCUCAGUUUUCUCAUCUCUCUCGGUAGCAUCGCUCAAAGCCCAUGUCAUAUGUAAAGUCUGUCUGUUUUUGCCG